AUGUUCAGGGCAUCGCCUGUUGAACGACGUAUUCAUGAAAAACGAUUACUAGCUAAAAUAGUUGAAACAAGAAAACGAAGACUAGAAUUAGAAGAAAUUUACAAACUUUAUAUAAAAUACAUAAGAGCUAUGGAAAACGAACUCCGCAUUCAAGAGAGAGAAAUGCAGAAAGCAAGAGAAAAGCUGAUGCAGAUAUUAGCGGAUGAAGAUUCCUCCGAAAAGCCAAGACCCUACGAGAUUCUCUAUGGAGCGGGCGACAGCACGACUAAUAUGAAUGGAUGCCAUGAGUUAGACGAGGAAGAACAAUGCGAUCUGUCGGUUUCUACAGUAUCCUCUCAGCAACCGCCUUAUUCCCCAACAAGACCAUUCGAGACGUCCCUUUAA